CGCCCCUCUGAAGGGAGAGGCGGAGGAGGCAAGAGAGAGGACUCCACGAGCAAAAACCAGCCUCAUAAGAAGCAACUACAGCGGGACGAGAAGGAACCGAUUACAGACAGCGCAUUGGUGUUGAACAUUUGCACAUUUUGAGACGCUAUUCCCUUUAAAACAUGGCCUAUCACAGCCCGUACAGACCCCCGCCGCAUAUUAACCACCCGCCUGACCAGGGAUUUCUAUGGAAUAUCUUUCAGAGGGUCGACAAAGACCGCAGUGGAGUGAUAUCGGACUCAGAGCUGCAGCAGGCCCUAUCGAAUGGCACGUGGACUCCCUUUAACCCAGUGACGGUGCGCUCCAUCAUCUCCAUGUUCGACAGAGAAAACAAAGGUGGAGUGAACUUUAACGAGUUUGCCGGAGUGUGGAAGUACAUCACCGACUGGCAGAACAUCUUCAGGACGUACGACCGCGACAACUCCGGGUUCAUUGAUAGAAACGAGCUCAAACAGGCUCUAACUGGAUUCGGUUACCGUUUGUCAGACCAGUUCUACGGCACGCUGAUAGAGAAAUUCGACCGUCAGAGAAAGAGCCAGGUGGCGUUUGACGACUUCAUCCAGUGCUGUAUCGUACUACAGAGGCUGACUGACGUUUUCAGACAGUACGACACAGAUCAGGACGGCUGGAUCCAAGUAUCGUAUGAACAGUAUCUGUCUAUGGUCUUCAACAUCGUAUAACGCACACUGUCCACGGAGAAGCACAAAUGGACCCGUCUGUGCCAAAGCUACAGGCGCCACCCAGAGCUCUACCACCGUCACUGCAACAUUUUCAAUACCUUUGCUAACGUCUCUCACACAUAAACCGUACCUUUAUUCACGGUACUUGUUUUUAUCAGCGCUAAAAUAAUACUUCCAGGAGUGAAUCUGGAAAAGACUUGAACUUGUGUAUUCAAAAUCUUGCAGUGUUUUUAGGAUAACCAAACGCACCGUUAUGACGUGAUGUGACUCUGGGAUGGGGCGAAAUGAUGGACACAACUAUCUUUCUGUCUGUUAAUGUUUUUAAAAAAAAUAGUUUUGAUGUCUUACGUUUAAUUCAAGUUAAAGUAAGUCUAAUUUGAGAGUAAAAUAAGCAUUGUAAGUAUGAUUUGAAUGGCGUUGCAUGCUUUUCAGGGAAGUGUAGCCCCAGGUCUAAGCAUGCGUUCCCUCUCUCUUAAACCCUGAUUUGCUCAAAGCCAUGUUUACGAGUACUGUGAAAGCAGCUCAUGUUCUGCUUUGAGAUUCACUCACAUGCCAGCUUACAUGCCAUAUUUGUACAAACUUAUUUUUAACAGCAGUUAUUCAGAUGUUAGAGUCUCAUUUUGGUAGGUGUAAGACUUUUGCCUUUAGUUUGGCUUAUUUUUUGUGCAUGAUGCCUUAAACUGUGUAAAAAAGAGCAACACAAAAGAAGAUUAAUCUUUUAUUAAAAAAGACAAAAUGUG